UGAUCCGCGUGCGUUACAAGAAACCGAAGUACCGGCCAAUCAGCGACAACGGAUUUAUAGACAAGUGAGAACACAUUUAUUUACAAAAAUAACACACAUAAUUUUAGGAAUUACUGUCACUAUGGAUUCAUCGAUCAAACUGUUGGUAGUUAUUAAUAAUAAACGGUAAUUUUAAACUAUGGCGAGCACUGCUGUGAGUUCAGAUAAUAAACGGGCCGGAAGUAAUAAUUUGGCAACUAUUUAUGGCAGAGUUCCGACAGUAGGAGCUGAUAAAAUGAAGGUGACAUUUUGCACAGAUAUAGACAAGUCUGUCAUUGUUUAUAAUUUUGAAAAAAGAGGAUGGACGCAAGUCGGGCCUGAAGAUGAUUGGAAUUUUUAUUGGGCAGUUACUCAAUCCUGCAGAAGUAUUUUUAGUGUCGAAACUGGAUAUCGAAUGGGAGACAAUCAAACUAUCAAUCAUUUUCCAAAUCAUUACGAGUUGACCCGCAAAGAUUUAUUGGUAAAAAACAUAAAAAGAUACAGAAAAGACUUAGAAAGAGAAGGAAGUCCUCUAGCAGAGCGAGGAGAUGGUCCAGGAAAAUAUCUUCACCUAGAUUUCAUCCCAGUUACUUUUGUACUUCCAGCAGAUUAUAAUAUGUUUGUCGAAGAGUACCGUAAGUCUCCUCAGAGUACCUGGAUCAUGAAACCCUGCGGGAAGUCUCAAGGUGCUGGUAUUUUUUUAAUUAACAAACUCAGUAAAUUAAAAAAAUGGUCCCGUGAAGCUAAGAAUCCAUUUAAUCCUAACUUAUCAAAAGAAUCUUAUGUAAUAUCUCGAUAUAUCGACAAUCCUCUGUUGAUAGGCGGAAAGAAAUUUGACUUGCGUCUGUAUGUACUGAUAACUUCUUUCCGACCGCUUAAGGCUUACCUCUUCAAGCUUGGGUUCUGCAGAUUUUGUACAGUCAAGUACGACACAAGUAUCCAGGAGCUCGACAAUAUGUACGUACAUCUUACAAAUGUUUCAGUACAGAAACACGGUGAUGAAUACAAUAGUCUUCACGGCGGCAAGCUAAGUGUUCAAAAUCUUCGCCUUUAUUUAGAAAGUACGAGAGGUAAAGCUGUAACUGAAAAAUUAUUCUCUAAUAUUUCCUGGUGUAUUGUUCAUUCAUUGAAAGCCGUAGCGCCGGUUAUGGCUAAUGAUAGGCAUUGUUUUGAAUGCUAUGGGUAUGACAUUAUUAUUGACAAUAAAUUAAAGCCUUGGUUGAUUGAGGUAAAUGCUUCACCGUCCCUAACAUCAACAACUGUAAAUGAUAGAAUUUUAAAGUACAAGCUUAUCGACAAUAUAAUCUCAAUUGUAGUCCCGCCAGACGGAGUGCCUGAUGUCAGAUGGAACAAGUGUCCCUCGCCUGAGGCAAUGGGGAAUUUCGAAUUACUGCUGGAUGAAGAGCUGUAUGCUCUCGAAGAAAAGGAAGGUCCUUCUGGGAAGUACAGAUAUACAUCUACCAAGUGGAAAUAAUUAAUAACAACAAUCCACAAAAAUGUAACCGGUUUAAAAUACAUCAACAAAAAAAUUUAUUAUUUACUUUGUUCUUCAAAUAGUAUUUUUGUUCAAAUAUGAUACAUUACACAGGGUAAUACUAAACAUUGUCACCUAUGUAUAUUAAGGUGUCCUGUAUUUACCAAUUUGGUUUUUGACUUUGCAGCGCCCCUAAAAUUUUUAGUUCGUGACCUAAAAAAAAAAUUAGGACGACGGUUGACUU